GUCGUUUUGCAACUUAAUCUUUAACGAAUCCUUUUGAUGAAUACAAGACUCAUUCUUUCUGCGACUCGCUCGUCUUGGUUUUCGUUCAGCAAAUGACCUCUCUGCAGGUGCGAGUCGAGGAAUCGCCGCAGCAGGGUCGUUACUUUGUUGCUACCUCAUGUAUCAAGGAGCGAGCGGUCCUAUUUACUUGUUUGCCGUAUGCUUUCGGAAUAUUCGACUCUUUCAAAAAGAGAGUUUGUGCAGUCUGUCUUGCUUUCAAUGAUACGGGAGCAUUUCAUUUGCACUGCAGAAAUUGCGACCAAAUAUAUACCUGUUCUCCUGCAUGUUUGGCGACAUGCAUUGCUCACGGCCAUCACGUUGUUUGCACCGCUCUUCGGAGACUGGGUACAUUCAAAGCACCCCAGCAUGAAAAGAGUGUCGUCAAAAUUCUCCUUUACGCUCUUUUUACUAGAUUCAAAGAGAAAGGUUUGGCCAUGAAUGCUUGGGGCACAACUUUGAGAGAUGCGGCGGCACAUGUACACUUUGAUGUCCCGCAGAUUGUCGCUCCCGAACCUGUUUCAACUUCGACCUCACAUACUCACAUUACUCAAUUGGAUAAGGCGACGCUCCAGCAACAUAUUCAACAACGCCUGCGCAUGCUCACAAGCGAAAAUGACAAUGAUGAUGACGAUGGAGAGCCUUUUCUGGCAGUGAUGGCCACGGCUAAAUCAUCAUCACAUUCACCACACUUGCGAGCUGCCGCACUUCCGUCAUCCCCGAAAUCUAACCCUGCUCAUUCCUUCACUCCUCCCCCAUCGGCAACGAACGAGUCAUGUUCGUCUUCAAACACUUGUCAGCUGAUUCCAGAGACAUGCACCUGGCAAGAGGUAGACAACCUGCAGUCCCAUUACAUGGACUGGCCAGCUGAGGACGCUCGUGAUUGGAAGAAAACAAAAAACUUUAUCAUACGACUGUUGGAAGAUUGUGGGCUUUUGGAGGAUGAUGAUAGGGUUCCAAGAGGUCCAAGGGGAGACGCAUCCGACUUUGUUCUCAACCUAAUCAGCAAAAUAGAAAGUAAUGGGUUUGGUCUUUGGAGUCCAAAAAAGGAGCAAUGCAUGGGGAGGGCUGUCUUUCCAAAGGCGAGCUACUUUAAUCACUCGUGCGAUCCAAACUGUGUCAUGAUUCAGAAUGGAAUGGUCAUGUCUGUGACAGCUCGAAGAACAGUUGAUGAGGGUGAGGCUUUAACAAUAUCCUAUAUUGACACGAAUAUGCCGCUUCAAGCCAGGCGAGCACGAUUGCAGGCCGAUUACUUUUUCGUUUGUCAAUGUACGAGGUGUGCUGCCGAGGAGAAGGGUGGGAGUGGAGAGGGGAGGCGAAAAGUAACUUAUGAGCGCAGUUACAUGCGGGACAGAGGGGAUAAAAAUGGGAAGGGGAGAAAUGAGGGACAUGGGCAAGUGCAAGCACCUGGCCAACUUCAAGCGGGAGCAUGCGGGAAUGGGUCGAACGGAAUGAAUACCGACAUUGUAUCCCCUCCACAUUCUUCACAACCUUCUUCAACGUCGACACUGAUGCCAACAAAGGCGUUUCUGUCGCCAGAGUCCAUGGCGCCACCCCCACCACCAUCGGUGGUGGAGUCACUUGUCAGUAAUGUUGUCCCACUUACAGCCAAGGUUAUACCGCCGAGUCCCACAUCUCCCCCCUCAAGCGGCGGAAUGCCUCGUCCCCGAACGGUGUCCAAUGCCGCGGAUUUUCGGCAACGCACAGCAACCGGAAAGAAGAUGGGAAGAGGCGGUGGAAACAAUGCAAAGCGGCGCAAUACAACUGGGAAUGCUGCGCGCGCACAGAUGAAUGGUGCUGCAAAUGGACCUGCCAAGGUAAGGGGCUGGUCUGUAACGGAUGGCACAGGAGGACGUCCUCCAUAGUCCAGAGCAUUUAGGAAAACUGUUUGUUACUGUGAUGCUUAGAGUUAGCCUAGCUUGGCCGGCUGAAGCGGUACAGAAAUUUUGUUUAGUAGAUGGGAUUCUUAUAUACUGGCGGCUCCUUUCAGUAUUGGAGCUAUGAUCCGA